CGGCUCGGGGCAAAAGAUGCUUUAUGCAGCUCUUGAACCAUCAUGCAUGCACCGCGUGCAGCUUGCCUCACCACUUCGCUGCUGCUGCUGCUGUACACCGACAUCCAUUCACUGAGGCCAGCCCCGCAACCCGUCAAAAGACCUCCGCACACAGAAAGUUCCGCCUUGCCCGCCCAACGCAGACCCAAACGCCAUGCCGCACGCUCCCCGACGAUCACCCAGCAGCUACGGAACGACCGCGUGGGGCUUGCAGCAAAACAACAGCAAAAGCCUGUGCUCGGUGGACUCGCCGGCAGCGAUCCUGAGUGCGCACCCAAACAUCUCAUCAGCGGCUUCUUCCCCCUUCAUUGUGAUCAAGUCUCCUAUAGCUGUUCUGGCCAAGAUCCGCGACUGGACCAAGCGUACGUCAUAAACAAAGUGUGAAACCACCGUGCUGAGACUUGUCUCGCAACCCAAAUCGAAGCCCAGCCGCAUGCUAUUCGGUC